GAAUUCAUUGGUUCUCCUUCCCACCUCUGCUUUACAUUGCAUAACGUUCUUCUGGGCAGCCUCAGGGUUUUGGCCAACUUUGUGACUUUAUGCAAUGCUCAGUGCUGUGUCAUACCUAAUAAGAACACUCCAGGCGGUUUAUCUAAUGGGGAACGCUGUCCAGAUCUCAAGCUGCCCAGCACGAUCCAGCCUGAGGUAGGAGGCCCAGGCCCAGACUGCCCUGGUCUCCCCCCCACUGCCCAGGACCCCCACCCAGGUGCCCUGGGAAAAUCUUUUUUCAGUUCUCACUUUGGUUUCUACUCUUUGGGAGAGAGUAUUGAAAAGUUCUCUUUUGUUAAAAUAAGUCAAGGGUCACUUUUUGGAUGGAAACAUCACAAAGAGCCAUGGGGGCUUCUUCUGUGUACACUUUGGGGAGGGAGUGACCUUAGGUUGCUGAGGGGUAUCCCAGACAGUUGGAGUGUGGGUGUUUCCGUCACAGAGUUGGUCCUGGGGAGGCUGGGCAUCCUAUCCUUUCCAGCAGGCCUUGCUCUUGUCUCAAUGACAGCCCUGCUACAACCGUGCAUUAUGACAAAAACCAAGUGCCAGAAAAUCUUCAACAAGGAGAUCUGCAGCUAUAAGGUGGUGGAACAGAAUGAUCCAGAGAGGACCUGUAUUGUCCUGUAA